AUUUGCUGCAUUUCGAAGAAUAACAUAUGGGGAAGGAAGAAGGCGAGGCUCCUCCAUACACGGAGGCGGGAAGUGAACACUUUUCAACGUCGUCAUCACUGUUUCCGGUUUUCCCACAGUUCUCUAAUUCUGAAGCCGCCGUUCCUGAAUGGCUUUCCAAUUCCAGCUUCAAGACCGACCUAUCCGUCAUAAACGACGCUCUAUCGAUGCACUACAGUCACGACCAGUCCCAGUACGAAGACAAAGUGCGAGAAGAUGAAGAAGAAGAGGAAGGGAAGGAAGUCGACAAGGAAGCGAAUACCAAGCGAAAGCAGUACGAGUUGCUGGACUCCGACGCAUCUGAUUCCGGCAAUUUAUCGUCUAACCCUUCGGAAGAAGAUAGGAAGGGCAGCGGUAGGGAUAGGCGGUCGAAAAAGAAGAAGAGAGGAAGAAGAAGUGAGCGUUCUAAUGAUGGACGUCCGCCGCCUUACAAGAGUGAGCUUUUCUCUUCGCGAAAAUCAGAUGUGGGAAACUGGGCAUCAUCUUCUGCUGUUGACACCACGAACGCCAAAGACUAUUACUUUGACUCCCGUGGAGAUCGUGAUAACUUGGCCUUCGGAUGCCUAUACAAAAUGGAUGUUCCUCGGUACAAGCUUCAUAAUUCUAGGAAAAUGUUUGAGAUUAAUUAUUACAUGAAUAUUGGCCAGAGCAUUCUUUAUACAGACGGUGAUGUUGAUGCACUGGAUAGCAAACUUAGAGCCGAGGGUCGCUACUGGUCUGCAAAGUGUGCCGCAGUAGAGCGUCAUAAGAACUUGAAGCGAACUCGAAUAAUUUCCCGUGCAAGGCCCCAGAUACAACACUCAUCUGAUUUCAUCCCUUUGUGCGAUGAAGAACCGGGAGGUGAAUCCGUUUCAGGGACUUCCGUGCUGGAUGAAUCAUGGGAAGAUGAGAUGUUACGCAAGACGAAGGAGUUCAAUAAGAUGACAAGAGAUAGACCACAUGAUGUUAAAGUUUGGUUAGAUUUUGCAAAUUUUCAGGACAAGGUUGCCAGUAUGCAGCAACACAAACUUGCUCGCCUGCAAAUACUUGAGAAGAAAAUAAGUAUUCUUGAGAAGGCUACUGAACUUAAUCCAGAUAGUGAAGACCUGCUUCUCUCUCUUAUGAAGGCUUACCAGAGAAGAGAUAGUACAGAUGUACUGAUUAGUCGGUGGGAAAAGAUUCUUCUUCAAAACUCUGAUAGUUACCUGUUGUGGAGAGAAUUUUUGCGGGUUGUUCAGGGUGAAUUUUCUAGAUUUAAGGUGUCAGAAAUGAGAAAAGUUUAUGCAAAUGCAAUACAAGCUUUAUCUGGUGCAUGCAGUGCACAGCAUAGUUUAGUCAAGGUUUUACAUCAGCUUCUCUUGAUCCAGCUAUUGUAAAACUAGAAAUUGGUUUAGUUGAUAUAUUUGUGUGUCUUUGCCGGUUUGAGUGGCAAGCAGGGUACAAGGAGUUGGCCACUGCCUUGUUUCAGGCAGAAAUUGAAUACUCCUUGUUCUCCCCAUCUUUACUGAUCAGCAAACACAGUAAACAAAGACUUUUUGAACAUUUUUGGAGUAGCAAUGGUGCUAGAGUUGGUGAAGAUAGAGCUCUUGGCUGGUCAUCAUGGUUAGAGAAGGAAGAAGAACAUAGACAAGUGGCAGCAAGGGAGCAAUCUUCAAGUGAUGUUGACGAAGGUGGCUGGACUGGCUGGUCAGAACCAUUAUCAAAAAUGAAAGAACUUAAUGAUGUAUCAGAAAAGUUGACAGAUAGUGAUGGAGUUCUCGAGGAGUUAGAUGAUGGAGCCAAUAAUGAUAUAAAAGAUGAUACCGAGGCUUUGUUGAAAAUACUUGGAAUUGAUACUGCUGCUGCUGAAGCAAGUUUUGAGAUCACAGAUACGAGGACAUGGGCUAGGUGGUCAGAAGAAGAAGUAGAAAGGGAUUCAGACCAGUGGAUGCCUGUACAUGCAAAUUGUGGUUAGCAUCUCUUCCCCGGUCUCAGGGUGAAUUGUCACAGGAUUUUCCCAUUUGAUGAUGACCAACUUUUGAGGGUAGUAGCAUAUGAAGAUGUCCGGGACUACUUAUUCUCAAUAUAUUCUAAGGAAGCACGCUUGUCUUUGGUAUCACAAUUUAUUGAUUUCUAUGGUGGGAGAAUUGCUCACUGGACUUGCACUAAUAGUUUUAGUUGGUCAGAGAAGACUCUUAGUCUGGAGGCAUUGACAGAUCCUCUUUUAGAUGAACUGAGAAGGGUUUAUGAAGUUUUGGUGAAAAAAGAGACACACCCAGCUGUUACAAGUUUGGAAAACAUAUUGAGCAGUGCUAAUGGGAUAUCUAUGCGCACCAGUAUGAUGGAGUUUCUCCGUAAUGCAACAUUGCUUUGUAUGACUGUAUUCCCUCAAAAUUAUGUCCUUGAAGAAGCUGCUCUUGUUGCGGAGGAGGUAUCACAUACCAUGGUGAAUUCAUCUAGCUGUUUAGUAACCCCUUGUCGAGUGCUUGCAAAGAGUCUACUGAAAAGUAACCGCCAGGAUAUAUUGUUAUGUGGAGUUUAUGCACAGAGAGAGGCAGCAUUUGGAAAUAUUGAUCAAUCUAGAAAGAUAUUUGACAUGGCGUUAUUAUCCAUUGAAGGACUUCCUGCGGAUAGUAGGAGCAAUGAGUCUCUGUUAUACCUUUGGUAUGCAGAAGUGGAGCUUGCAGAUGGUUCUGAUGGUGGCUCAGAAUCAUUUUCCCGUGCUUUACACAUUUUAUCUUGCCUGGGAAGUGGUAUGAAAUAUGCUCCAUACAAAUGUCAGCCAUCAAGCUUGCUCCAGCUAAGAGCACGCCAUGGAUUUAGAGAGAGACUAAAUUUGCUAUAUUCGACCUGGAGAUGUGGUGUGAUAGACGACCAGUCAGUUGCCCUUGUAUGUUGUGCUGCUUUGUUUGAAGACAUAAGUACUGGAGGGACAGCCAGUAUUGAAAUUUUUGACCAAGCAUUUUCAAUGGUUCUUCCUGAAAGAAGAAGGAACAGCCAUCAUCUCGAGUCUUUGUUCAACUAUUAUCUGAACAUGCUUUCUAAACAUCACAGACAAGUAAAGCUAUCGAAAGUGUGGCAGUCUAUUGUGGAUGGGCUGCAAAUAUAUCCUUUCAGUACAAAACUGUACGGUGCAUUAGUUGAAAUCAGUCAUCUUUACUGUUCGCCGAAUAAGCUAAGGGUGAUAUUCGACCAAUACUUCAAAAGGAGUCCAUCAGUCAUUAAUUGGCUCUUCGCGUUGUCGUUUGAGAUGAGUAGAGGUGACUCUCAGCAUAGAAUACGCAGUUUUUUUGAGAAAGUAUUGGAGGAUGAGAAACUAUGCAACUCGGUGAUAAUCUGGCGCAGCUACAUCGCAUAUGAACUUGAUGUGACAUGCAACACAUCAGCUGCAAGAAGAGUCUUCUUUCGAGCAGUUCAUGCAUGCCCAUGGUCAAAAAGGUUAUGGCUUGAUGGUUUCCUCAAGCUAAAUACCAUACUAACUGCAAAGGAGCUCUCAGAUCUUCAGGAAGUAAUGCGAGAUAAAGAGCUGAAUUUGAGGACAGAUAUUUAUGAAAUUCUUCUUCAAGAUGAGAUGCAGUGCUGAUAUCACGUUGAUCUUUUGGCCCCUUGUAACUCCUGCCUGUGUGCCUUCUCCUCCGCUCUUACACAACUGAUUCACUCCUGGCUCGCACGAAUUGUGAAUCUGUGAUCACUUCCCAUUUGGCGUAGAAUUAAGGGAAUUUGAAAGUAAUAUACUAGGAAUACAGAAGAUACUAUGUGCGCGGACUUUGUUUAACAUACCAAAUUUUCUCCAUCAGUUACGGACUUGCGGUUGUCAAUGGGCACUGCUACAUCUACCCAGUUGAGUUUAGACAAAGCCCCUGCCGGUGGUGGUUCGAGUAAUGCUCCAAGUUCUGAAUUGAAUGUGCCUGGAUUUUUUAUUUUUCUCAUCAUCCUUGAUGAGCUGCGUUUGUACUUGAGUUGCAAAAAUGAUGCCCAUUAUUUUCUCAUCGCCCUUGAUGAGUUGCGGUGUGCUGUUGUACCACCUGUAGUGGCACAAUUUCUCCUUCCACCAUUGCUUGAGUGCAAUUUUGUUCACCCCCUCCUUGGAGGGUGACCAUAACCCCCCUCCCUAUUUGCUUGCCAUGUGGCAAAAAAAGAAAUGAAAUGCCAAAAUUGCAUUCCCAUUGCUUUCCCAGUGGUUACUAUAUUAGUCUAGAGAAGCAGAACAGGGUAUUGAUAAUAUUUUUACGGUAAAGCCCUCCCACCCACCCACCCGUGGCAUUGAAUGAAUCCUUCCCCAAUUUGGAUUGCAUGGAACUCAACGGAGGGUUAGUUAUGGUACUCAUAGACAUGAUGGACAGGAAUCGAUUACUCUCAAGUAUUUGCCUUUCUCCGGUUUAAGAUGUACAUAGUGUUCAGUAAUUUGGAGUGUUAAAUAUCCUAAAGAUGCAUCAUGAGAUUAAACCCGAAAUUGCCAUUCAUAAGUAGGAUUGGACAGAUCGCUUGUCUAAACCAGUUAACCAGAUAAUCGACAAAGCUAAAAAAGGUUAACAUUCAUGUUUCUGAAGUAGUUGAGAGAAGCAUUAUCUUGACCAUCUCUAGUAGUAUGGCUUGACGAGUAUCUAGCAGAAAAUAAAAAAGAAUGGAAGAUACUCCAUUCUUGAAGUCAUUACAAAGGGUACGUUUUUUGAGUGGUUUCAAACUUCAUGUUUCCCAUUGUUGGUUUCUUUCAAAUUUGUGUCUUUUAAAUUAGUAUUGCG